AUGUCCAGCGCUCAAGUGGUAGAGGAUCUUCUUCUACAAAACAUUAGCUGUAAUUCUGGAGAAUCUGAUGUUGUACAGUACAUCAAGUUUGGCUUGCAGUUGGCGUAUGUUCUCCCACUCGGGAUUUUGUAUCUUUCGUUUUUGAUAAAAAUUGUGAAAAGAAGAAAAGAUCGAGAGUUGUUUGAAGACUCAUUUUUUACCUUGCAACUGGCAGAUGGGAUAAUUACUAUAUACUUCCUUGUAUCAGACACCAGUUUCUUCCGACUGAACUCUUACGUUCGACCAGUUUGUGAAUUUCUUGUACCUCUCCUGAAAGAUCCUUCUUAUAUACUGACCCCAUUUUACACAUCCUACAUGUAUGCUCAACUUGCAAAAAUGUUGUCAACUUUGGCGAUGAGCGUUAAUAGAUAUACUUCAGUUAAUCAUCCGGUUCAUCAUAAAACGAUAUGGAUGCAAUAUUGCACAAAAACCGUCAUUGCAAUUUUCAUAAUCCCCUUGUUAGGAGUAUGGCCAGUUGCCAUAGGCUACACAAAUUUUUUACCAUUCAAUGGAAAUGCCGUAAUCAAUUAUGAACACCGAAUUCCAUGGGCACGUACUACAUACGGGCGACUUAUAGUUUCAGUUCCAACUCUCAUGUUCACCAUCUACUCAAGUAUAGUGACAUCUAGCAAGCUAAGGAAACUAGGUGGACACAUGAAAAAAGUUGAGUUCUCAAUGUCUAUUGCAACAAUUUUCACAUCUUGCGGAUUUAUAUUAGUUGUUGCACUUCAAAUUUGUUAUCUUCUGAUAGACAGCGCCAGUUUAUUAGACAAAAUGUGGGUGACAAAGUUGAUUAUGGCUGCAACUCAAUUGGGUAAUGAUUUCUAUAUGCUAAGUGGACCAGUUGUGCUACUUAUACUGGAUAAAAGGAUGAGAUCAUCGUUGUGCUGUUGCUCGAAAAAAACCAAAAGCUCCACUCGGACCACAAAAGUUUCAGUUCAACCUAUAACUAUGGUCCAUUCACACCAUCCUUGA